CCCUGAGUCCCUUAGACAACUUUACAGUCUGCUGCCUUCCAAGAUUUCCCUGUUUCAAAGUCCCAAACCAGCAUGUCCAUGGCCCGUUCAAGUAAUUCUUUUCUUAAUUUAUUGUCAUCUCACCAGUUCAAGACACAGUUACUUUGCUUAUUGUUUUUAUAACUGUAGGUUUGUAUUGCUUAACACAUAAUCUCAAAUUUACAAAGGUAGAUUUGUUACAAGUUUUUAGGCUGUAAUAGUCUACUUUUAAGAAUGAGAAACUGGACGAAAUCUAAUAUGGUAAAGUACCUACAUACAUUCUAGGCCCUUUAUAUGCAAGGUUAUUUGUGAGAAUAAUAAGGUAUGAAAGUAGGUAGGAUUAUCGCCAUUUUAUAAAUGGGUAAGCUGAAGCUCAGAGGUAGAAACUUGCCCAAGGCCACAGUUUUAAUAUUGGUAGAGCUAAGAUUCAGACCCCGAUGUGCCUACCUGGAGAGCCCUUUCCAACAUGUAUUGUCUGUAGUAGGGAGUGGGGAAUGAGCAAGGAUGAGGGGCUUUUCAAAUGUCCACUUAAAAAGUCAGUGAUAGACUCAGGUUUAGAGAUCGUGAGUUUGGUAAUGUAAAUGACUGGCUGUGCCAAAAAACCCCCACAAAAUACCACAUUAUCUGCUUCACUCAGACUCAGGAAUCUACAAGCACAAGUGUAGAUUAAAUGGUUUUAGUGCACAUUCUGGAUAAUACAGAUUUCAAAUUCUGUCUUAAGACUAGCAUAUAGGAGAUUUGUAGAGGAGAUUCUAAAGCCCUAUCAAUAUACUAACUUAUUCUCUGGGUUAUAUAUUCUGAGAACAAUUAACCACCUCAAAUUCUGGUGUCAUCAAGGCUCCCCAAGGGUUAUUACUAGUUGGCCUCCACUUGCUUGGAGGAGAUUUUGAAGGGCGGGCGGGCAGAGAGCAAAUAACUUUACCUGGGUUUGAGCUUGGAUAUAGGAAAGAGAAAUGCUUUGAAAAUGGUAGGAACUCUGCAAGUUUAAAGGAUACUACCCUGGAGAGUUUGAGGUCUUGGGAAAAGCUUUAAUUGGUAGAGCAGGGGAGAAUGUGAUUCUGAAAAAUAUUGAUCAGUGAGAGGAACUGAUGUGAAAUGGGUCAAGGUAAAGUAUUUUGAGCUACUGAGUUUGCCAACUCAAGUAUUUACUUUGUGCCCUUAUCUAUACUUUGUCUAAAAUUUGUAUACACAUAUUUCCUGUGUGAGCUCUUCUCCCUGAUUUCCAGAGUUUUUUCUAGCCUUAGCCUUUGGAUCUCCAGGCACAGAUUUCUCACCGUGUCUUGGAUGAUUGUAUCAGCCUGUCUUGUUGCCUGCCACCUUCAAAUCUAAGGUGCUAAAAAUUCAGCUCUGCACUUUAGAAAGCGUUAACAAUAACAACAACAAAAAGGCCUUUGCUUCAGCAGUUUAUAUUUUUAUUAAGAUGAAGGUUUGGGUCAUGUCAUCUCCACCAAAGUAGAAGGUGAUUCAGAGAAGAAUGGGAAUGAUUCUGUAAUAAAUGUCAAAUAAGAAAUUUUGAAAGACUGGUAUUGUGCUUUUUGUUUAAUGUAGGCUUUUUUCUUGUAGGGCUCAAGGGUAAGUACCUAUCCAGCAGACCCACCCUGUAGGUUGCAAAAUGAUUUGGACCUUAAGAGCUGGAGGUACUUGUCAGGAUCAUCUGUGAAAAAGAAUAAAUCUCUUUAACCAUUGUUCUCUGGGGAAAAAACACGUUUAGGAACCAUGUGAAAUUGCCAAAUGCUGAUGUUAUGCUGUUGUUUAAAAAACCAGCAAUGUAUAGGUUCAACCUAAUAUGGACAUUCCAUGUAACAUUGAAAAAUUUUCUGCUGGGAUAUUGGGGAGAAGAUAGGCGCCAGAUUUCCAGAGCACAGCCAGGAGAGGGGUGGUGGCUUCCGGGCUCAUAUCAUCCCGCGGAAGGAGGUGCCCGCGCCAGGCGACUUGGCACACCUGCUCUACUCCACUUCAGUGCCGGCCGAUGACGGCCUUUCCAAGCCCGGGUUUGCAGCCGCCGUAAAGUGCGGCGUCGUGGCCACGCCUCUUCCGCUCUUCUUGUGACGCAGGCGCCCUGGGCUUUUUGCGCGGGAAAAGGAAGCAGUUCGGAGCUCUAUCGGUGUCGCUGGGACCUGUUUUUCUAGAGGCCGCCUUUCGCUCUGCGCCUCUGCCAGCCAUGGGGCUGCUGGAGCUGUGUGAGGAAGUGUUCGGCACCGCCGACCUUUACCGAGUGUUGGGCGUGCGGCGUGAGGCCUCCGACGGCGAGGUCCGACGCGGCUACCACAAGGUGUCCCUGCAGGUGCACCCGGACCGGGUGGGCGAGGGCGACAAGGAGGACGCCACCCGCCGCUUCCAGAUCCUUGGGAAAGUCUAUUCCGUUCUGAGUGACAAAGAGCAGAGAGCGGUGUACGACGAGCAGGGAACCGUGGACGAGGAUUCCGAUGUGCUCAACCAAGAUCGGGACUGGGAAACGUACUGGAGGUUACUCUUUAAAAAGAUAUCUCUAGAAGACAUUCAAGCUUUUGAAAAGACAUACAAAGGUUCUGAAGAAGAGCUGGCUGAUAUUAAACAAGCCUAUCUGGACUUCAAGGGGGACAUAGGUCGGAUCAUGGAGUCUGUGCUGUGUGUGCAGUACACAGAAGAACCCAGGAUAAGGAACAUUAUUCAACAAGCCAUUGAUGCCGGAGAGGUCCCAUCCUAUAAUGCCUUUGUCAAAGAAUCAAAACAAAAGAUGAAUGCAAGGAAAAGGAGGGCUCAGGAAGAGGCUAAAGAAGCAGAAAUCAGCAGGAAGGAGUUGGGACUUGAAGGAGUGGAUAAUUUGAAAGCAGUCAUUCAGAGCAGACAAAAGGAUCGGCAAAAGGAAAUGGACAGUUUUCUGGCUCAGAUGGAAGCAAAGUACUGCAAACCUUCCAGUCGAGGAGGGAAAAAAACAGCUCUCAAGAAAGAAAAGAAAUAAUGGAAUUUUUCUCUUCAAAAGUCCUUAGGUGUUAAUUGGUGCCAUUGUAGGCAAGGUACAGUCAAGAUUUGAAGACAAAAGUUGAUCCAACUCUUAAGUUGUGUUUCCUGCCUAAAUCACUCAGAUUUACUGUAAACCAGAAUCUCUCAACCUGAUCUUAGUAUAGCCUAGAAAUUCCCGACAUUCUGUGAAGUCCCCAUUUGAAGGAAUUUGGUGGUAACUGUUGAGGGAAGAGGAGGUUGGUAUACUUCCUGACAGCACUUGCCUCUGUAGAUAUUCUGUACAAGAAACUCUAUUUAGAAUGCUGGUCUGUCCAUACUUCCUUUACCAGUUGUCAUUUUGCCACACAGGAGUGAGCUACAGAGUAUUCGGAGUGAUACGAGUGUUUAUUAGAACAGUUACUCUUCCUAGCUAGAAUGCCUUCAGAACACUUGCUGGAUGUCUUCCAAAUACUUGAUACUUUGUUCUUGGUCUUAAUGUUCUUUUUGUUUUACUCAACCAGGUUUUGUACUCUUUGCUUGAAGUAUAGGACAGACAGGCAUUCUUUUACUUCACGCAUCUUUAUAAGACUUCUACAUGAUGAAAUAAACAAGUAAAAAAAUGACUGCUAAGUUUUAAAUGAUCAUUUAAAAUGUGAUCUAGAAAAAAUACGGUGUUUAGAGAAGAGAGAAGAAAAGUUCUAGUCAGCGUUGUAGUAGAUAGCCUGGUUUAAGUAGCCUAAAGGGGUGUUGUAGUCGUGCCUGUAACUGCUGAAUGUCAUUAGGCAGGUCACUGAGUGUGGGAACUUGUUUUCUUACCUGGGAGUUUGGGUAAAGGACUUCUUAGUGGCUCCUUGUGACCCUUAAUUCACUUUAAAAGGCAAGCCAAAUUGAUCCAGUGGUUUAUCAUCAGGCACUUGAAUUUUUGAGAACAGUACAGAGAUUUUCACUUGUAUUUAGUCGAAUUGGUAUGCAUUAGAAUAUAUAGAAGUUUUUAG